CCGAGUCCGACAGACUGGGAUUGGAUCGAAUUUAUUUAUGACCCGACAAAGUCGGAUUGAAUUUCAAAAACAUCAAACCGACUACACUGGUAAACUGAAAAUAAAAAUUUAUCGAAUCAACACCACCGGUGUCAAUAGGGAAAUUAUUAACGCACCCAAAAAAAUAGGGAAAAAUCCCCAAUAGAAUAGGAAAAACCGUCCAUAGUAACUUUUCCCCAAAUACCUAGUUUUAUGGACCCAAUAGUAAAGUAGAAAUGCCCAAUAAUGCAAUUAACCAAAAAAGCUUAACUAAGUAUUGCCUGAUAUUCUAAUUCAUACUGGCAUGCAUAUACAAUAAUAUACAUACCAUCAAACUAUGAUGCAUAGCUAAGAUUGUAUGGUAAAACUCUUUUCACGUUGGUUGAUAUUGUCUUCACUUUAGUGAGUGUUGGCAGAGAAGGACAUUUCUUUACUCUCUGUUAUUUAACUCUUGGGAAUUGAUUAUGGCAUCAGCUUCCCAGACUGUGCGUUUCGACACAAGUGAUUCGGAAUCUGAUUUAGAAAAUCAACCGGAAGCUAAGCGGCGAAAAUUGAGCACUUGGGAAUGUUGGGAUACGUUUGAAAAUAUUACUGAGGCCAAGAAGUAUCUGAAGGAUCGCUCUGAGUGGGUAUAUAAAACCAAAUACGCCUCCAAUGACGGGGACAUAAUUGUUUACAACUGCCGCAUUUCGCCGACCUGUUCUUCAAAAUGCAGAAUAAUUCUGCCAAGUUCCACCCUCGAAGUUAGGAUAGAAAAGUCCGUCGCAGUUCAUGAUCAUGUGCAAAAGGAUAAAGGUUUAUCUGCCGAAGUAAAGGAGGAAAUCAUAAAGCUUCAUCAUUGUGGAACAACAAAACCAAAAGCUAUCAUCGGAGGAAUUGAAUCCAAAGGCAUAAAAACACCAACAAAAGGUCAACUUGACAACUUUCUAAAAUAUUGGCGUAAACAGCAAGCUCCUCAAAUUGUCUCUCUUGGCGCAUUGGAGUCUGAGUGUCUACAACUUAAGGAAGACCAGCAAGAUGUGGAUAAAGCAUUUGUCCUGAAUAAGGAUAUAGAUUAUGAGACAAAAACUUUUCGAAUAUAUAUUACUACUCGGAGACUUCUUCAGAUUGCCGAAUUAUCAACAGCGGUGCAUUCUGACGCCACGUAUAAACUCUGCUGGCAAGGUUACCCAGUAAUUCUGACUGGAGUUUCAGACCAGGACCGAACAUUCCAUCCAACUGGAAUGGCUGUGACCUCGGCAGAAACCUCGGCUGACUUCAAGUUUAUAUUCGAAAGCUUAAAAAUGGGAACGUCCGAGAAAUACAAGCCAACUAUCUUAAUAGCAGAUGCUGCAGAAUCCAUAACAAAUGGAUUUAAGGAAGUUUUUGGUUGUGAUAUUACUCGUAUUUACUGUUGGUUUCACCUAUGCAAAAAUAUCGAUGCCCGACAAUCCACUAUUAAAAACAAAGAGUUAUGGAGAAAGUUGAGAGGAGAUGUGAACGAACUUCAGCUAGCAAGAAGCCCGGAAGAUUUCCUAGCUGCUAAGGAGUUGUUUUUAAAAAAAUACAGAACAGAAGCCGAUUUAACGCAAUUCAUGGCAUACUUCAAACAAGAACAUCUUGACACCCGCGAUGGAUGGUAUGAGGGGCAUUGCAUGGGAUUUCCAAGUACCAAUAAUGGGAUUGAAGGUACAAAUGCAUGGAUAAAACGACAGGGUACCUUCAGGGAGCGACUUUCAAUUGGCCAGUUACUUCAAUACAUGACAAAUCAAACGGAAAUUUGGUCAAAGGAGCGAAUACCUGGGAUACGUGACGCAAAAUUAUUUCACGAAGAACCUUCUUUAUCGCUUGCAUUGCAAACAUCUGCAUUCAACUGGGUACAAAAUAAACCGGAUAUUAAAUAUCAUACUUGUGAUGACAAUAUUACUACCUACUUUAUCUCUGCUGCAAAUCAGCCAAAACUUAAAGAGGAUGAUAUAAAUAAAUAUUUACGGUUAAGAGAACGUCGAAGUUGGAAGACUUUUGACACGUAUAAAAUGUGCUUAAAUAGACUUUGGUUAGUUAAAUUUAAUGCAAGUCGAUGGAUUAAAUCCUCGUGCUCUUGUCCUGUAUUCUUAAAAAUGUAUGUUUGUAAACACGUAUUGGGUAUUGCAAUUGUAAACAAACAGUAUGAAGUGUGUCCAGAAGCUAAAACGGUCCCUAUUGGCACUCGUCGCUGCCCUGGACGCCCAUCAAAAGCCAGGAAGGCAUUAAUUACAAUGUAAAAAUUCGUUGUUGACAAAAGGAUCAGAAAUAAAAAUAUAUUUCAUGUUUGUAAUUUAAAGUUUUUACAUGUACCUACAUUAUUGGGCAUUUCUACUUUACUAUUGGGUCCUUAAAA